AAUGUCUUCACCAGACCAUCAACAAAAAUAUCUAACGACGAGCAGUAGCAAACAGAAGCUCACACUCGCGCCACGCCUUCUCCACCUUAUCCAACUUCCAAUUUCCCAAAACCCUGCAAAAACCGCACAGAAACCCUCCAUCAAUGGCGGACCAAAUUCGUUAUCAAACCCACACACCCCAUUUCUUCUAAUAACCCAACCUCUUAAUGCACAUCACCUCUUCAGCUUUCACACAAAAAACCCACAUCACUCAUGGACCUUUCUUCUUCCUUCAUACAAGUCUCAAACCCCUCCACUUACAACAACUACUCUUUCUCAUCCUCAUUUUCACAAUUCCCAACUCAAAUUCGACUUAAAACCCCCAAAUUCUCAUUCCCAAACUCGCGUAAUUUCCAUGUUCUUGCUGUUGCCGUAGACCCACAACAAGAGCUCCCCAAAAACAGCCCCCAAAGGCUCCUCAAAGAGCUCUCUGAGCGCAAACGAGCCACUUCUCCGAAGAAGAAGGUACCUCCGAAGAGGUUCAUACUCAGGCCACCGUUGGAUGACAAGAGACUAGCACAGAGGUUUCUCAAUAGCCCACAAUUAUCGCUAAAGUCCUUUCCUUUACUCAGUUCUUGCUUGCCCUCUUCGCGGCUAAACAAUGCCGAUAAGGCUUGGAUAGAAGAGUACAUGCUUGAGGCCAAGCAAGCGCUUGGGUACCCACUUGAGCCUUCUGAUAGGUUCGGGGACGAUAACCCAGCAAAGCAAUUCGAUACUUUGUUGUACAUGGCUUUUCAGCAUCCCUCGUGUGAGAGGACCAAUGCGCGGCAUGUGCGGUCUGCGCAUUCGAGGCUGUGGUUUUUGGGGCAGUAUGUGCUUGAAUUGGGUUUGGCUGAGUUUUUUCUGCAGAGGUAUCCGAGGGAGGCUCCUGGUCCAAUGAGAGAGAGAGUGUUUGGGUUGAUUGGGAAGAGGAACUUGCCCAGGUGGAUUAAAGCAGCUAGCUUGCAGAACCUGGUAUUUCCUUUUGAUGAUAUGGACAAGUUGCAGAGGAAGGACCGAGAGCCGCCUGUGAAGUCUGUAUUCUGGGCGUUGUUUGGAGCUAUAUAUUUGUGUUUCGGGAUGCCCGAAGUAUAUCGUGUUCUUUUUGAAGUAUUUGGAAUGGACCCAGAAGCUGAGGAUUGCCAGCCAAAAUUACGGAGACAACUUGAAGAUGUUGAUUAUGUUUCCGUUGAAUUUGAAGGCAAAAAACUCAGCUGGCAAGAUGUUGCAGGAUACAAGCCCCCAGAAGAUGCUCUUUUUGCACAUCCAAGGCUCUUCAGGGCUUGUGUUCCACCAGGUAUGCAUCGGUUCAGAGGAAAUAUAUGGGAUUAUGAGAGCAGACCUCAAGUCAUGCGGGCAUUGGGAUAUCCCUUAGCAAUGACUGAUAGAAUUCCAGACAUUACUGCAGCAAGGAACAUUGAACUUGGACUUGGGCUACAGCUUUCUUUCUUGCAUCCAUCGAAGCAUAAAUUUGAGCAUCCUCGAUUUUGUUACGAGCGGUUAGAAUAUGUUGGCCAAAAGAUCCAGGACCUUGUGAUGGCUGAAAGGUUGCUGAUGAAACAUUUAGAUGCUCCUGGAAAGUGGCUAGCGGAGAGACAUCGCCGUGUUCUUAUGAACAAAUUCUGCGGGAGGUAUUUGAGGGAGAAGCGUCUGCAUCAGUUUAUCAUCUAUUCCGACCAGGUUCAGGAUGCAUAUGAGCACAACCGAAGAUUAAGGAAUCCAGCCACAACUGCUGUUCAACAAGCCAUUCAUGGCCUCUCAUACACCAUAUAUGGGAAACCAGAUGUAAGGCGCCUCAUGUUUGAAGUUUUCGAUUUUGAGCAAACCCAACCUAAAGCUGUCACUGUGUGAAGAUGAACUAUUCAAUAUUCCGAUCCCAACACAAGCCACAAAGCAUUCUUUUUAGUUUCCUCAACUUUUUUUCCCCUAGUUUCUCAGUUCUAAAGAGGAAAUACUUG